AUGGCGACCUUUUCGAAAAUCCACCUAUCGCCGUCGCAACAGCUUGUGUUCUACGUACCAGGGAUCAACCUUGAGACUGCUGACGCGGCCAACAAGCUACUGCAGGAGAACCACGACAAGCAUCAUAUAUUUUUCAAUUACGCCGGAUUCCAUAAUCAUAUCGCUCAUCACCUGCUCACCCUCUUUGCCCUCAAUGCUACACCUGCCGAGCUGAGGCAGGGUUGGGAUGACAAUGUGUCCUACCAACGACCGCCAGUGCCGCUCAAGCAGUCCAUAGUCACGGACAUGCAUGACCCAGAAAAGUAUAAAACGUACUUGGGCAGAGAAAAGUACUACCAUGACUUCCUCGUAUUCUUCAAAGAGGAGAUUGCCCAGAAGGGUUGGCAGGAGGUGUUGAACGAGUACAUAUUCGGAGGAGAUCAGCGAGCUGAUGAUAUGCUUGUUCGCAUGUUUGGUGGUGUCCUUCACCCGAUCAUCCACUUAGGUUUCGGCGUUGAGUUUGAGCAGCCUGCAAUCAUCGCAGAGGCUUUGGCACAGGCUGCGGUUCACAGCAAUCGUGAAGCGUCGCACUUGAUCGAGAGUGAGAAAGCAGCCAGGGAGACUCAUGAUUCAGACCGCCCAUCGGACACGACUAUUAUCCAGCUCUUAGGCGAAAUCUUUGCAGACUCGAAGCAGUCAGCGGGUGGCAAAACCAAGUAUGCUAGUCGAGUUCAUGUCACGGAAGCCAACCUCGAAGAAAAAACUGCCGAGAUGAUCAAUGCAGCUGUAUACUUCACAGGUGCCGCGCAAAACCCGCCCUACCAAGUAAAGUUCGACUUCUUCAACAUACACGCCGUGAAUCUUAGCAUCUUCUUCUGUUCCUUUCUCCAACAGCCAUGGCUCUCAAGCGCCAACAAGGUCCGCCUGCUCGAAUGGAAGAUUCGCGUCGACUUGGCUAUGUAUGCAUCACCACGCCCUCCCAAGCUCCUGCUUGAUGAAAUCAACAAUUACAAGUCAAAGCAAAAUUCGUCGUGGGGGAACAUAUUCAAGCGCGUCAAGAUCUACCACGACGACGGACAUGCCUGUAAGCUUAUACGCGCCCUCGCAAACGGCGAGGAAGUUUGCAAGAAGUACGAGGACAAAGAAGGCUUCAUCAUCAAAGGCGAUAUGUGGAGGAAGCUCGGUAACAUGGCCAUUGACAGUGUUGAAGCAGGCUCGCCGGAUUGGGUUCGAAGCGGGGCCUGGUCGAGUGUGCCGAUGCGCGAUCAAUCGAGACUUUGA